CAGCACGGACUUCUUGUUUUUCUUCUUCUUCUUCUUCUUCUUCUUCUUCCCUAUUCACUUUCUUCCCAAGAAACUAAAACUAGACAUUUCUUUCUCUGCCUUCCUUGCGAUUCAAGUAGUAAUAACUUGACUGAUGCAGAUUUUCCUAGCUUGAACUAUACUGCUUUGCUCUGUUUCAUGUUUUAAUCAAUCUUUUUCUGUUUUCUGUUAUGAUCACGUCCAUAUUUGAUAGAUGGUAUCGAUGAUCCACAUGGAUAUAUCCAUGGCUUUAAUGAUCCUAUCUGCCGUUGCACUAUAUCUGGUAUGGUUCAGAUUCAUCACGAGAUCAUUAGGUGGCCCACGCGUCUGGCCGCUAUUGGGCAGCCUUCCGGAGCUCAUCAAGAACUCUAGUCGGAUGCAUGAUUGGAUUGCAGAUAAUCUCAACUCACGCGGGGGAACGUACCAGACAUGCAUCUGCGCCGUCCCCUUUCUUGCCCGGAAACAAGGUCUCGUGACCGUCACUUGUGAUCCAAGAAACUUGGAGCACAUCUUGAAGGUCCGUUUCGAUAAUUACCCUAAGGGACCAAAUUGGCAAGCCGUCUUCCAUGAUUUGCUUGGUGACGGGAUCUUCAAUUCCGAUGGUGAUACGUGGCUCUUCCAGCGUAAGACCGCCGCAUUGGAGUUCACCACCAGGACUCUCCGGCAAGCCAUGGCUAGGUGGGUCAGCCGAGCCAUUAAGUAUAGGUUUUGCCCUAUCCUCGAUGCGGCUCAGAGGGAAGCUAAGCCAGUUGAUCUCCAAGACCUGUUGCUUCGGAUCACGUUCGAUAACAUCUGUGGCUUGGCUUUUGGUAAGGACCCACAAACGCUGUCACCAGGGCUACCGGAGAAUGGCUUUGCCACCGCCUUUGACCGAGCCACCGAGGCUUCGCUUCACCGCAUGAUUCUACCAGAAGUUAUUUGGAAGGUGAAAAAGUGGUUCCGGCUGGGGAUGGAAGACAGCUUGAGCCGAAGCCUUGGACACAUAGAUAAAUACUUGUCCAAAAUCAUCGAUGAACGAAAGCUUGAGCUGGCAAGCAGAAAGCAAGACGGGACCCCACACGACGACUUGAUGUCCCGUUUCAUGAAGAAGAAGGAGUCCUACUCAGACGAGUUCCUCAAACACGUGGCACUGAACUUCAUCCUAGCUGGACGCGACACGUCGUCAGUUGCACUGAGCUGGUUCUUCUGGUUGGUCAGUCAAAACCCCAGUGUUGAAGAAAAAAUCGUAUCAGAAAUCUGCACCGUUCUGAUGGAGACACGUGGCAGCGACGUUUCCAAGUGGGUGGAAGAGCCCUUGGUUUUCGAAGAAGUCGAUCGAUUGAUAUACCUUAGGGCCGCACUGUCGGAGACCCUCAGGCUCUAUCCAUCGGUGCCGGAAGAUUCAAAGUAUGUAGUUUACGACGAUGUCCUUCCCAGCGGGACUGUCGUUCCGGCAGGAUCUAAUGUCACGUAUUCCAUCUAUUCAGUCGGGCGGAUGAAGUUUAUAUGGGGAGACGAUUGCCUGGAGUUCAAGCCGGAAAGAUGGGUCUCCGAAGACGGCAAGAGAUUUGAGGUGAAAGACUCGUACAGAUUUGUAGCAUUUAAUGCCGGCCCUAGGAUUUGCUUGGGGAAGGAUUUGGCUUACUUACAGAUGAAAUCAAUAGCUGCGGCAGUCCUUCUCCGGCACCGGCUGAUGGUAGUGGCAGGGCACCGGGUGGAGCAGAAAAUGUCGCUGACACUUUUUAUGAAGUAUGGGCUCCUGGUGAAUGUUCAGCCAAGGGACCUGAAGCCUGUACUGAUGAAGAUAAGAAACGAUGGAGUUGAAGACGGGAUGAUGGAUCGUGAGGUACGUGAGCAGUCUCUGGAAUAGUGUACAAAGAGCUGGAAAAGUGGUAUAUAUUAUGUAAAGCAAGAUAAUGCAAUUUCCAAAAUAAGGUUUCCUAAGUCUUGGUUUAGAUAGAGCAACCAAAGCAGCAAUUGACAUGUAGUACUGUUGUUUUAAUUAAGUGAAUAAAAUUUUAAGUCAAUU